AUGUCCUCUCGCGCAAUCCGUAAGCUCUUACGCGAGCAAGAGCUGCAGAAAGCUGAGCAGCUAAAUGAGACAAGUGACGAUGACACCCCGCCGCGCCUCAGCAAGCCCAAGUUUAAUGCCUUCGAUCUCUUAAAUGCCGGCGACGAUGACAAUGAUGAUAACGAGGAUGGCGAUCCAGAGGAUUAUGUGGAAGAGCCUGUGGUUCAAGCCCCAGAGCCUGUGCCAGAGCCAACAAAACCCAAGAGCUCAAGCAAGAAAAAGAAGAAGAAAAAGGCCAAGAAGACCCCAGCAGAGCCGCGGGAGGAAGCUGAGGAUGACGACGAGCUAGACGAGAUUGAUCGAGCCCUGAAAGAUCUAGCCGUUCGAGGGCAGUCAGCUGGGACUGAUCUGUCAGCUGCUCCUAGUUCCAAUCAAGAUGUCUCUUUUCCAAAAACCACCGAUGAGCUCUUGUCGAUCGAAUCCAAGUUUCUCAACCCGACAAACGAGAUGCGGAGACUGUUUGGAAAUGUCGCGUUGGAAAAUUUCGAUCAGGAUGCAGGUGCGGGCCGCCGUCGAGAUCGCAAUCGGGAAGAAGCUGUCGAUCUAGGUCGCGCUUUGACGGGACGAUACAGUCCCGCCAGCAGAGGCCAGAGUCUGGGAGGUGUUACCUUACGGCGAAAUCCACUCAUGCAAGGAAAGGAGGAGUGGCCUCGGGCUCCGAGUGGAGGGCUGGGCAUGGAGAUGGUUGAGAAGCUCUCUUCGGGGGAUAUACGCUACAAGAUCCUACACAAUGCGGCGUACGUGGAUGUACAGCAUCAGUUCGAGCUUUGUGUUGAGUCUAUGGAUCCCCAGAGACUGAUUCAACAUCUUCAAUACAACCCUUAUCACAUUUCUACUCUGCUUCAAGUCUCCGAGAUUGCCAAGCAUCAAAGUGACCAUGCUGUUUCUGCCGAUCUUUUAGAACGAGCACUGUUCAAUAUAGGUCGCUCGGCCCACUCGUCAUUUGGUAGUCGACUCAAGGCAGGCCAGGCCAGACUUGACUUCUUGCACGCGGAGAAUCGAGAAUUAUGGCUUGUGGGAUGGAGGUAUAUUGCGAAUCUAGGAAUGAAGGGAACAUGGCGAACAGCCUACGAAUGGGCCAAGCUGCUUCUUAGCUUGGAUGAUUCGGAUCCCUACUGCAUGAAGUUGAUGGUCGAUUCUCUCGCUUUGCGUGGUCGGGAGUAUGCGCAGUUUGUGGAGCUCUGCACCCAGACUCGCUUCCGCCGCGACUGGGCCGACCUCCCUAACAUCCAGUGCUCGCUAGUGAUGGCUUAUAUCCGUCUGAAGAAGCCUCAGGAAUGUCGCAAGCAACUUCAAGUCGCUAUGUCUCGCUUCCCGUGGAUCUUCAACCGGCUGGCUCAGGAGCUGGACCUUCAACACAUUCCUAAGCAGAUCUGGGGCAAGAUGCCUCCAACUGGAUCCCAUGAGCUUCUCACAGAACUCUAUAUUGUUCGUUGCAAGGACCUUUGGAACACCCCUGAAGCAGUAUCCCUGAUCAUGGAAGUUGCCGACACACUUUCCGGGGAUUCAGAGCCCAUCGAGCCACCGAAGAUCACCUUGGAUAUUGCUCGUCAUGUAAUCUUGUCAGACAUUCCGAGUGUGACCACCCAUCUGCCCAACCGUUUCGUGUCUGGUCGACUUUCCGCAUCAGAUCCUUUACCCCCUUAUGAGUCAGAAGCCUUCCGCCAACAGUCUGAUCCUACACCCUCUUACCUUUCACGAAUCCCCGAGGGUGGGCGGCCACAGUGGCUGCGUGAUCUUCUGGAUCAGAUGGACAACGGUGGUAUCCAGUUCCCCCGCUUCCGGGAUGGUGCCGAUGGAGAAGACAACAUCGCUGAAGAUGGCGCCGCUGACCAUGCAGGUGGUCGGCCGCGUGGACUGACGGGGGAUCAGCAAGUUCUCGAGCAAUGGCUCUUGCAGGAUGGGUUGGAGUCACUACAGAUGUUCCUGGCUCAGCACGGUGUAGACCGCGGUAACUGGGGCGAUGUGGUAGAUUAUGCCCCGCUGACGGAUUAUCUGGAGGCUCUCUCAGAAAUCCAACCCGAGACAUCUCAGCAGCGGCUACUGCAUGGCCCGGUUCAGGAAAUUAUUGGUGAUUUUGCAGUGACCAUGCUCGAGGAUGAACUUGAGAUGAUGCAAGAGGAAAUCUCUAAUCCCAGCGAUCUGGAUUGA